AAAAUCGAGGAAUACAAGAGGGAGAAUGCCGGCAUGUUCAGCUGGGAGAUCCGGGACAAACUGCUCAAAGACGGGGUCUGCGAUCGAAACACGGUUCCCUCAGUGAGCUCCAUCAGCCGCAUUCUGAGAAGUAAAUUUGGGAAAGGAGAAGAGGAGGAGGCCGAACUGGAAAGGAAAGAAGCGGAAGAGAGUGACAAGAAGACCAAGCAUAGCAUUGAUGGGAUCCUCAGCGAACGAGCACCCCAAUCUGAUGAAGGCUCUGACAUAGAUUCUGAACCAGAUUUACCUUUAAAAAGAAAGCAGCGUCGUAGUCGAACAACCUUUACUGCAGAACAACUAGAAGAACUGGAAAGAGCUUUUGAGAGGACCCACUACCCUGAUAUUUACACUCGGGAAGAACUUGCACAAAGAGCCAAACUUACUGAGGCUCGGGUUCAGGUCUGGUUUAGUAACCGUCGUGCUAGAUGGAGGAAACAGGCGGGGGCCAAUCAACUGAUGGCUUUCAACCACCUGAUCCCAGGAGGAUUCCCACCCACUGCCAUGCCAACCUUGCCAACAUACCAGCUAUCUGAGCCCUCCUAUCAACCCACCUCCAUACCACAAGCUGUGUCUGAUCCAAGCAGUACAGUCCACAGACCUCAGCCGCUUCCUCCAAGCACUGUACACCAAAGCAGCCUCCCUUCAAAUCCAGAGAGCAGCUCUGCGUAUUGCCUACCCAGCACCAGGCAUGGAUUUUCCAGCUAUACAGACAGCUUUGUGCCUCCAUCCGGGCCCUCAAAUCCCAUGAACCCUGCCAUUGGCAAUGGCCUUUCACCUCAGGUAAUGGGCCUCCUGACUAACCAUGGUGGUGUACCUCACCAGCCCCAAACUGAUUAUGCCCUCUCACCCUUAACUGGGGGCCUAGAACCAACCACUACUGUAUCAGCCAGCUGCAGUCAGAGACUAGAUCAUAUGAAAAGUUUAGAUAGCCUGCCUACAUCACAGUCCUACUGCCCACCAACUUACAGCACCACCGGAUACAGUAUGGACCCUGUCACAGGAUACCAGUAUGGACAGUAUGGACAAAGUGCCUUUCAUUAUCUGAAGCCAGAUAUUGCAUAAAUGAACUGUCCACUUCAAGUUAAAGCUUGUCUUGUUUCUGGUCUCACUCCAGUGCUUGGAUGGGAGGGAUCUUCUCACCAAAAUGCAACCCAAGCUGGGGCAAUCACAAUAGAGAUACAGGAUCAUUCUGUUCUUUUCUCCCGUCAUUGCUUUCGAUAGACAUUUGGACAUGUUGGACGUAACAGUUCAGAAGAC